CAAAACUCCCAUUGCCGCCGGCUAGAUUUUCUCCCCUUCCGAUGCGAUGCCUGCAAUCACGUUUUCUGCAUGGAGCACAGAUCUUACAAGUCCCACACCUGCCCAAAAUCAGGCCGCACCGACAGGAAGGUGGUUGUGUGCCCCACGUGCUCCACCGCCAUCGAGACCACCGGCUGCGACGGGGAGGCCGAGAAGGCCGCGCUGCAGCAGCACGAGAGUUCCGGCCACUGCGACCCGGCGAAGAAGAAGAAACCCACCUGUCCCGUGAGGCGGUGCAGGGCAGUAUUGACCUUUUCGAACAAUAGCUUUUGCAAUGCCUGCCAGGUCCGGGUGUGCCUGCAGCAUCGGUUUCCGGCAGAUCACGGUUGCAAAGCGGGGCCCACUCGCGACGGAUCACGGCCGAGAGGGGUUGAUGAGGAGAAGUUGCUGAUUGCUUUGUUCGUUGCAAGGCAUGGGAAGGGCUGUGGAGAGGAUAGCCAAGAUGCUCCUGCAUCUUCUCAGCCUAAAAGGACACCCUCUUCUGUUAAAGCUUGUUGAAAAAGAUUAUUUAAACUUGAACCUGCUUUCUUUAUGUUUCACUACAUAUAUUCUACCUCAUUUCAACCUCAAUAAGUAUACUAAUCUCAAUAACACCUUUUUUUUUAC